AUGAGGGAUGAUAUUGAACAAGUCGUUCUGUUAACAAAUGUUGCUGUUAAUGUUCCUCUUGCUUUAGCUUCCGUAAGUGGGAACUGUUUGGUGCUACGUGCAGUAAGAAAAAUGCCAUCUCUUCGCUCGCCGUUCACUCUUCUUCUUUGUGGAUUGGCAUUAUCAGAUCUGGCUGUUGGCGCAAUUGUACAACCUUUCUUUGUCGCAAACGAGUUGGUAGAUUUGUACGUUCGAUCUGAGGGAUUUCAAGAUAUAUUUCGCCGUUCUUACAACACAGUCGCUUUCUGUUUGUGUGGAGUGUCGCUAUGUACUAUUGCUUGUGUUAGCAUUGAUAGACUCAUCGCUAUUCAAACACCCUUACGAUACUCAAGCAUUGUUACAACGUACAGAAUAAGCCGCAUAUUAGUAGCAAUUUGGACAAUUUGCUUAUUUCUGGCAAGUUCGCAGUUCUGGGAAGAAAGACUACUAACUGUUGCAGUUGCGAUAGUGGUAUGCAUUUCUUUGAGUGUCUCCACUAUUUCUCAUGUUAGAAUGUACAAAAUCGUUCGUCGCCAUCGAAUCGAGAUUGAGCAUCAGCAGCAAACAGUCGAAAACAAUGUUUCUAUAAUAAGCCUUCAUAAAUCUGCAUUUAACGCUUUCAUAGUUUUUACAGUACUUUUUGUCUGUUAUUUUCCCUACAUGGUUGUGUACGUUGUGUCUUCCGUUUCUGACAUGGACAAUGUAACUGUCGCAACAUCGUUGUCUUCAACAGUGGUGUUUGCUAACUCCGCCUUGAACCCAAUCGUGUAUUGCUGGCGGCUACGCGAGAUAAGACAAGCCGUUCUCCGACUUUUGAGGAACUAUGUAAAGUGA